ACAUUUAUUAAUAUUGUCAUGGAAUUUAUUGUUUUAGUGUCUCCUUUUGUUCCUUUCGAGUUAGUUCAUGUGCUAUGAGCAUAGUAUUCAUCGGGUUUGUGACUUGAAGUUCGUCGUAUCACUCCUCUUGUUUCCUUCUCAUUUUACGUUUACUUCACAUAUUCAACUUUAAACAAAACUGGAAGGUGUUAAAGGGUCCCUUUCAGUAAGCAAAGUGAAUGCUUUCAGAAAAGUGGUAGACUUGAAUUAUCAUUUCCACUUUUGUGUGGCUGAGGUUUUUCAAGGGUUUACUUGUUAUAUAGAGCUGGACGCUAUAUGUUGUCAUUGCCUGUUUAGCCAUGCUAGUUCUUCUCCAAAUUAUUUUCUUAUCUGUUUACCAACGUUGAUGUUAAGGAAUUCAUAUUUUACUUUCAUUUUGUGAAAGAGAAAGAAAGAGUAUGUUAUGUGUACGUGAUUAACACAUGCAGGUUUGUGAAGAUGACUUCCCUCCUAUUACUCCAAAAUUUUCACUGUUUUCUCUUUAUUACACUUAGUUCUUUGAAUUAGUUAGUUAAUACUUCUUUCCAAAACAAGGAAACCAGAUAAAAAAAUAAAAUUAGCCUUUGCUUUCUCAGAGAUGCUAAUCAUUCUGCUUUCUUAUAAUUUUCACUACUUUGCUAAAACAACUUCAAAUUUGUUGCAUUUCUCAACACUUUCAGUGAAACUCAUCAUUGUCAAGAGUUUGCAGAUGGAAACAAGGAUGUGUUCUUUUGGCAGUUGUUAAUUUCAUUCUUCCAUUCCUAGGCUUUGGAUUAUAUAGAAGCCAUCUCAAUCAAUCCAUAAAGGAAGUUCUACACUUCUACCAGCUCAUUACCUAUAUUUAUUGUCUCAAGUGUCUGACCAAUGACCAUGGAAGCAUUCAAAUUGAUAUAUGGGUUGGAAUAAAUGAAGCAUCAACUCAAAGUUUCUGUUGCUCUUGUUAUUAGCUUGCUAUGGUUUCAGCACUCAUUUUGCGCAAAGGAACCAUCUGAUAGUGGUCGAAACAAGUGGAAAUGUAAAUGUUCUUUACGAGCGAAUCAGAGAUACUCUAUCUCUAAUUGUUCCAAGUCAUGUGAUUGCCAUUCAGAGAGUGCAUCCAUAUGGACAUGUAUAUGUGAUUCAAAUGGAUUUCCUAAAGUGGCAGCAGGAAGCCAUAAUCCUAAUUGCUUUAUUGCCUGCAACUGUAUCUGGGGAACUGCUAAGAUGACACUAGGUUCAAAGUCACACAUUUCGAGCAAAAUUGUAAUUAUCAUUCUAAUAAUGUGUGUUACAUGCACAAUCAUUGCAUUUCUCGCCUUUGUUGUAUGUUAUGUUCGCCGAAGGGAAAUACAUCAUCCUAUUCAAUCACCAAUGGUUUCGUCAUCAGAUAAGGAAACAAGUUAUAGUAGUACCAGUAACUUCAUUAGUCAAAGGACUUCUUUUGUUCCGGAAACAAAAAGCGUUAUAAAUUCUCCUAUUAGUCAUAUUACAAGAUGCCUUCAAAAAGCCUCUAUCUUGUUUGGGAAUCAAAGAGAAAUGUUUCAUGGAAAUAUUAUUCAAUUCUCAUUUGCUGAACUGGAAAAUGCCACUGAAAACUUUUCAGCUUCAAACCUCAUUGGACUAGGUGGAAGUAGUUAUGUUUACCGUGGUCAACUGAAAAAUGGUAGUAAUGUGGCUGUCAAGCGACUUAAAGAUCAAGGAGAGCCUAAAGCAGACACUGAAUUUUUCACAGAGAUUGAACUAUUGUCUAGACUUCAUCACUGUCAUCUGGUGCCAUUGAUUGGAUACUGCUCAGAAUUGAAAGGAAAAAAUGUUCAGAGGUUACUUGUGUUUGACUACAUGAGUAACGGAAAUUUGAGGGACCGUUUAGAUGGAGUUUUUGGAAAAAAUAUGGAUUGGUCUACUCGUGUUACAAUUGCAUUAGGAGCUGCAAGGGGCUUGGAGUAUCUUCAUGAAGCAGCUGCGCCAAGAAUUCUCCACAGAGAUGUCAAAUCAACAAACAUUCUUCUUGAUAAAAAUUGGCAAGCAAAAAUAACUGAUCUUGGUAUGGCUAAAGACUUGAGAUCUGAUAGCCUCCCAAGUUGUUCAUAUUCUUCACAAAGAAUGAAGGGGACAUUUGGCUAUUUUGCACCUGAGUAUGCAAUUGUUGGGAGAUCCUCUAUUGAGUCAGAUGUCUUCAGUUUCGGCGUGGUUCUUCUUGAACUUAUCAGUGGUCGCCAACCAAUCCUUAAAUCUGCAGGCAAAGAAGAAAGCCUUGUUGUAUGGGCUGCUCCUCGCUUACAGGAUAGUAGGCGAGUAUUGACAGAGUUGGCUGAUCCACAAUUGAAAGGAAACUUCCCAGAAGAUGAGGUGCAUAUAAUGGCAAACCUAGCAAAGGAAUGCUUAUUGUUGGAUCCUGAUAAUAGACCAACUAUGAGUGAAGUUGUUUUAAUUCUUUCAAGUAUUUCUCGAACCAAAUCUAGAAGGAGAAGAUACGUUCAAUUGUGCCUUUUUCAGGACAGAGAUGAUGAUGCAGAACAGCAAAGACAAUCUUCAUUGAGUAGAUUUCCACCUCAUAAUUCAUUGCCGCCUUGUACUGACUAUGAUCUUCGUGUUGGAAACGAAGAUAAAGAUGUAGACACAAUUUCAACCGAGUAUAUGAAAAGUUUGAUCCUCUUGACUUCAAAAGGUGAGAAGUGGCAUGCAUCCGAAGAGGAAAUGGUAGACCUAUCCGAGCCUCGGUUGGAAUCCUUUUGCAUGGAAAACAUCAGUUUCCCUUGAUAGCAUACACGUUCUAUUAUGUAUUGGCACUACUACAUCUCUGUAGCAUUUACUAUGAUACAUUAUUGUUUUAGAUAAACAGAAAUAUAUUUGUUGAAUUGUUCUACUUGUACAGAAAAGUAUACAUGAUUCCGGCUCUACUUUAUUUGUCAAAGAAUCGGAUGUGAUAGAUGUGAAAAAUCAUUGUAAAUUUGAAAAUAUAUGUACAAAUAGAUAUAUCACA